AUGGAUUCCCAAUCUCAGGUCCAGAGAAAGCUCACAGUGUCGGUUUUAGCGGAGAGUGACAGUGGCAACGGCAACGGCAACGGAACGGCGUCGUUGGCCAAAGGGCAGUGCCUGUGUUCUCCAACUACGCACGAAGGCUCCUUCAGAGCACGAAUUUUUGUUCCAAGGGACUCCAUGGAUAUCAAAGGUUGGCGCAAUUCCGGCAAGAGAACAAUCCAUUUGGGAAAGUGUCACAAUGGGAUUGAGCAUCUACAGUCGCUAUCAUCCAUUGGAACAACCAAGUUGAGGUGGAAAUUAUUGUGGAUGAAGAUCAAGAAAGAGAAGAAGAAGCUUUUUGAGUCUGCACCAUUUCAGGUCCCUUAUGAUGAACACACUUACUCUCAGAAUUUCGAUCAAGGGACUGCACUUGAUGAACCAGAUAAUCUCUCUAGAUCUUUCUCUGUUCGCUUUGCUGAUCCUUCUAUAGUACUUGUAACAAGAAAACGGUAG